UUCCCGAACGUGCUGGUGCCGCGCAUGCACGCGGCGCUCUGCACGCGGAGGCUGCUCGUGAUGGAGGAGAUCUUCCCGUGCGUACCGCUGCACCACGCGCUCGACGCGCAGGCGGCCCUCGUCGCACGGCAGCGCGGCGUCACGAAGGAGGAGUUCCUGGCCGCGGAGAAGGCGCGCGUCGAGGCAGAGUCCCGCGAGGCCGCUUCGCGAGGCCGCCUCGUCCGGCAGCUCUCGCACAACACGUACGAGCGCUACAUUGCGCUGCAGCGGGUGCGCGCCGCUUGCUGGCGCGGCGCGGCGCGGCUGUACAACUGGACGAUCGGCGUGCUCACGCUCGGCGCGUCGCGAUACGACCUCGCCGCCCUCUCCGCAGAGGCGCUCAUCCCGAUCAACGCGGCGUCGCUGGUGGACGAGCUCCUCUCCGUCACUGCGCACCAGGUGCUCAUCGACGGCUGCUUCAACGCCGACCCGCACCCGGGCAACAUCCUCUACGUGGACUCGGUCCACCCGCCAAAGCUGGGGCUGAUUGACUAUGGGCAGGUGAAGCGGCUGACGGACCAGCAGCGGUAUGACGUCGCCAAGGCGUACUUGCUCGUCGAGGCCGCGCUGCGAAUCGACCCGAAGACGGACCCGCAGGCUGACCCGGCGGCGCACGCCAGGGCGAAGGCCGCCAUCGCGCGCCACCAGUUCGAGACGCUCGGCGUCAAGACGGAGAAGCUCGACCCCGAGGUGGCGUACGAGCAGGCUUGCGUCUACUUUGGGCGGAUGGACGCGGCGUGGCUGUACCCGCUCAACGUGAUACAAUGGUCCGACUCGGUCGAGGCGCGCGAUCCGCUCAAGGACAUCUCCGCGUGCGAAUACCUCGUCAUGCUCAACAUGACGACGAUGAUGAUUCGCGGGCUCGGCGAGAUGCUGCAGCAGUACCGCAACCUUGCAGCCGUGUGGGCGCCGACGGCGCGCCGGGCGCUCUCCGAGCAGCCGGGCUUACUCGAGACGGUGGAGGCGGAGAUCCGCUCGUGGCAUGAACCGUGAUUCUCAGCGUCGUGACCGUAAUAGCUAAUGGUACUGUGUACGAGUAAUCUCAGUAGCUGAGGCCGAGACAAAAAUCUAAU